UACACUUUAAUUCAGGAUUUUCUGUCCGCAAUCCACAUAUUUAUUCAAUUCUUUGAUUUUAUUUCAGGCUAAUGAAUAAAAUUCUCCUCAAGCUUUCACGCAAAUACUAGUAUAUCAUAUCUCAAACUUUUUAUUCAUGUUUAUUAAUUAACAUCAAUUUCAGCACCUGAAAUCAUAUAUAUGUUUAUUUAGCUAAUUUCCUAUGUAUCUAAGCCAGUAAUAAAUGUAUAGUAGUCAUACAUUUAUAAUUAAAAUAAUUCAAGGUAUUCAAGGGAGUUGAACAUGUGAUGGUGGCUUGCUCGCUUAUAAUUUCAUUCAUUUUGUUCUACACACACAGGCAAACGGUUGCCGCCAGUUAAGAUGUUAUAUUAAAUUUUUUAUUGAUUAUAAACAGAGAAGUCAUUUAUUAAAAAGUAAGAAAUUAUUAACAUAUAUAAAUAAUUAAAAAACAGUUAAAACAAAAAUAAAACCAGUGAAACAGAAUGGUGUAAAAUAAUAAAGUUUCUCUAAAACAUAUGAAAAUGUCUGAGGUAGUCGAAUUUAGAGAUAUUUUGUUGGCGAGAAAAAUGGAAAGUGGGAUAUUUCAGUUUAUGACAAGAGCAUGGCACCCUCUCCGAACAUUUAAUAUGGACAAAUACUAUUCUCCACAAGAAUUGAAGGGCAUGGUUUUAGAUUCGGUGUAUCUUGAUUCAUUUAUUGAAGCGGAGACUGCAAGAAAUGGAGGGUGUAAAGUAAAAUUGAAAAAAGAAGUUAUGAAUUAUCUUGAAGAAAUGUGUCUCGAUAAAAAAAUGCAUGUGAUCAGAUGGAUGGGAAUAGCCUUCUUGAAAAUAUCAUUCAUGAUGAAAAUUGGUAUAUUUGUCAAUGAGCCUGCUGUUCUAAAGCUUAGAUCAUCAAUGAAAACGAAUCCAAUUUUGUUCCUGCCUACACACCGAAGCUAUGCCGAUUUUUGUUUGAUGACAUACCUCUGCUAUCAUUAUGAUAUCGAUUUACCAGCUGUCGCAGCCGGCAUGGAUUUCUAUUCGAUGGCCGUGGUGGGUAAGGCGAUGCGGGAGACAGGCGCUUUUUACAUUCGCCGGACCCUUGCUGGUGACCAUUUGUACGCGGCGACUCUCAAACAGUACGUGAGAACGUUGGUGUCUAAAUACCCCAGCCCGAUAGAGUUUUUCCUUGAGGGCACUAGGAGUCGCAGUAAUAAAAGUCUACCUCCGAAAUACGGUAUGUUGUCCAUGAGCUUGGUGCCACUAUUCGCCCGAGAAGUGUCAGAUAUCACGAUAGUACCAGUGAACCUGAGCUAUGAUCGGCUGAUGGAGCAUGGACUCUUCGCGUAUGAGCACGUCGGAGUUCCUAAACCCAAGGAGUCCACUGGGGGCCUGUUAAAAUCGCUGUACAGUCUCAACGACCACUACGGCAACAUAUACAUCAACAUAGGCACGCCGCUCUCGGUAAAAUCUUACCUCAACAAUAUACCGAAUACGAACGAAAUGCUCAAACCAGUAGAUCUACAGCAGUUGACACCGGAACAAUUCAAACAGGUGCAAAGUGUUGCCAAUCGUGUGAUAAUCCUACAACAGAAAUGUACAGUCGCCACUAUAUCAAAUUUACUAGCUCUGGUACUAAUGAGCAGUCUCAUAGAGAAUCGAUUGUUGAGUCUCGACGAGGUAUUAUCACAAGUGGAAUGGAUGAUCACUGUGUUGAGGACCUUGGGGGCGACGGUAUUUGAGAACGACGUGCGUGGAAAUGUGAAUAGGAUAUUAGUGGUGCACAGCAAGAUGGUGAAACUGGACAAGGAGAGGAGGCUUCGUCUGCUAUCCGGUACCCUCAUGGACGUGUCCAGAGAUGUACAGAAGAAAAUGAAAGGUCACAUUUUAAAAGCAGAAACAAUGGCGACCGCCAUACCAAUAAUACAGUUGCAGUUGUAUGUAAAUCCGAUACUGCACUAUUUAGUUCCGCCGGCGAUCGUCUUACUCAUUGUGCUUAGAAGACCAAUCACAAAAGAUGAGCUAUCUUCAGAUUAUCAUCAAAUAAGGAAACUUUUACGUCAUGAAUUUUUCCAUAUAGAAGAAACAGAGGAAAAGACGUUAGCGGAGUCGAUAGAUUAUUGUAUACAAAACAAUAUCAUCGCGUCGGUAGAUGGUCAACUAGUGCCAGGGAGCGAUGAGAGACUGCAGUUCUUGCUCAAGUGGUCCAUUUGGCCUGCACUCACCACACUAUCUCUCGCUGCUGACAUUACGACUGAGCAAGUUAACUGUGGGCAUAAACAAGCUUUGAAGUUGGUACAAGAAAGGGCGGAGCGAAGCGGAUGUCACCCGUACUGCCUCAGCCUGGAGAGCAUCGGUAACUGUUUGCAGGGACUCGUAUUGGGACGCGCGCUAAUAAAGCAGAAGGACACUGCAGACACAAUUUAUCAAUUAUCACCAGAAGUUAUGGAAAAAUGUCAACAUUUAAUCAAUACUGUACAACCCAAAUUCAAAGUGGCCUUCGAUGUAAGCAAUUCAGUAAUCCUCGAUAAUACGCAUGUAUUAUGUAGACUCUAAUGUGUUUUAUGGACUAUUUAUAUUAUUACUAAGAAAUUUUAUAUUGUGAUAAAAAAAGUUCCCAACUCAAUGCCAUGAAUUAUUAAAAAUUGUGAAUAAUUGGAGACACUAAUUAAAAAGAAAAUAACACCAUUUAAAUUAUGAAAAAAAUACAAAACCGAAACCUUAUGUAAUAUAAAUAAAAUUAUAUUACGCCGACCCUAAAUAAUUAGGAUAAGAGCAGGAAAUUGUCGAAUAUACAAAAUAAAGCUGUAUUGUCUUAUGAUAGCACUUUUGUCAACAUAUUUGAAUAGUUAUAUUUUUAUGAGAAUAUAUUGUAUCGCGCGGGGGGGGGGGGGGGGCUGUAUAAUAGAUAUUGUAGUAGAACCACGAGAAAAGCAAUUCCUCCUAUAAGGAGAAAAACAAAAGUUGAAGAAUUCUUAAUUUUACUAUGUUUCAGAGAAUUAUUUUAUAAUAUUUUAUUUUAUGUAUUUAAAAUACUGACAUGGUUAUUUAUUUAUGGUUACUGAUGGUUAUUGAUUUUAGGUUAGUAUUACUAUUUGUAUUAGUAAAACAAAACAUUUUUACGGCCAUUCGAUUUGAAUAUGAACGCCGAGCGCCAUUGACAUUACCCUCUAUAUAUUUAAAAAUUAUUUUAAUUAAUUUUACUAAUAAAUAUGUAAUACAUAUUUAUUAAUUACAAUUCAGAUAUCAGUAUUAUAAUUUUAUAAACAAUUUGACAAUGGUUGAUUUUAAACUUUCGCGUUGUGUACACAUAUUUUAAAUACACAAUCGGGUUUUAACGCGAUGUAAAAGCUAUUACAGGUAAAUAGUACCUGCGUACCUGUUUCUUUAUUGCCGACGUUUCGACGUGGAUUGCAGCACAUCGUGACCACGACAGGACCACGGCGUGAUGUUAUCCACGUUACCUGUAAAAACUUUUACAUUGCGUUAAGUCCCGAUUGUGUAUUUAAAAUUUGACAUUUUUUUCUGCUUUCAAACACUCGAAUUAAAAGUACUUUUAAUUCGAGUUAAUUAGGUUUUUGUAUACAAACUAUUAUAAUAGUGAGACUCAAUGAUCAACUAACACUAUGCUAUUGGGAAGUCAUUUCCUUAUUGCAUGAACGUGAAAUCGAAUACGAAAUGCGAAUAUAUCUAGCCUUUGUCUCGAAUAAUAUGAAUUUAUAUUGUAUUUAAAAGGUUAAUGAUUAAUUAAUAAAUUAAUAGUAUUUAUUUAUAUCAAUAUAAUGCGGACUGCAUUAUACAUUUGUUAUUUUCCAUAAGCAAGACAAAUAUUAAUUGGAAAAGGCUUUGCACUAUAAUAUAUAAAAUUUAGCUAAUGUAGUGAUGUUGACAUAUAAUUUAGUGGUGCCCAUGAGCAAUACAUACCUAUACUUACUAGUCGCUGAAAUGUAGAUUAAAUAUAUAUUCUUAGAAUAUUUGUAUUUUAAGUAAUUAAUAACGGUGAUAUAAUAUUGGGGUAUUAACACACGGAGCGGUUCGGCGCCGUGCUGUCCUGUGCAAACAUUGUACAUGAGGCUGGGGGGAGGGAAGGUAUCGUUAGUAAUAGGGUCAUAUAGCCCCAUUACUUGUAAUAUAUCCUGGCAGGUCAAUCUCCACGUGGUUCCCCCUGGAAACCAUGUUAUCUUAUUCCAGUUGAAUUUGUCAAGAUCGGCUAACUGACCUGCUUUCAUCCUCAUCAGUCAUCUAUCACUGGCGCCCCGCCAGUGUAUACCGAUAGCGCAGACGGGGUUGCCAUGUCAUUAUCACAUAUUAAAAAAAAACACUGUAUAUGAUAUAUACACCAGAGGGAGACUUUGUACAAAAGACGUUUGCUUAGGCACCUCUGUUCCAUUCGUGUUUCUACCUUGAAGCAGUUGUGUUUGCAUGGUUAUGUUUCGGUUUUUUUUCUUGAUGAGUGAUAAUGGUGUGGUAACCUCGCCUACGCUAAUGGGAAUCAAAACAGGCCAGUUAGCCCAUCAUGAUGAAUUCAUCAGGAAUUAACCAUGAUAAUUUCCAGGGGGAACCGCGAGGAGGUCGACCUGGUUGGGUAUAUUGCUAGCAAAGGUAUUUUUAGUCUCCAUUACUAACAAUCCCUUUUUCCCCGUGUUUCAGUUUGAAGGGUAAGAUACUUGUAUAGGCAGUGUAUUUACAGGAUACAGAGAAAUAAUACCCGAGUCCUCAGGAAUGGCAACGCAUGGGGGGGUAUCAUGGGCGAAACAAUAUACUCUGUUAUGUCCAUGGUACUGCUCAUGUCAAUAGGCGACGGUUACCACUUUCCAUCAGGUGGGCCGUCAGGUUGUUUGUCAUUCUAAGUUGUAUAAAAAAAACUAUUUUAUAUAUUAAUCUGAUGUCUUUGUACAUAAGGGUGCGGUGCAGCACCGCUCCGUUUAUUAAUCGGUUUAUAUUGGUAUAAUACAUUUAACAGUAUUUAUUAGUCAUAUAAUGGUUUAUUUUACACUAACAUGAGUAUUACAAAAUCCCAAGGAAUUUAUGUGAUAGUAUUAUUUUUUGCGCUUAUACUUAAACUUUAGUUUUCUGUAGGUUUAAUUAUUUAUAUAGAAUUAUUUAUAUAGUCAAUUAAGUUGCAAAAUUGCUCAAUAGUUGCUUAACAAUGUUGCUGACUUCAAGCAAAUAUGUAUAUACUUUUGUAUUGUAAUGACAGUUUUCCUUUUUGGACUUCGUACAUUGUCAAGUGAUUUGAAUGUGUUUUGCUACAUGUAAAUAAAGAUGGAGCAUCUCAGUCUUACAAGUAGCAAUACAGGGUCGAAUUAAAAACGUCAACGUAUUUACAUUCACAAGAAAAUUAUGGGUCGAACAAACGAUUAAAAAUGUUGAACCUCCCGAAUUAAACCGGCGCGUUAUAUUAUUAAGUUAAUAUGCGAGACUCAAAAGUUAAUACCGUUUUCUAAUUUUUCAAAUGUGAAAUUUUCGGCUUAAUAUUUUCUAUAGCAUGCUUUGACUCUUACUGUUACGUACAGCUAACGCGGUCGAUUUCACCCUUUAUAAACAAUUAAUGUUUUGCCAAAAAUGAACAAUGCUAUGAGCACUAUCUUUAGAAGUAAAAAAUUUGUUCAUAUAUAAUAUCUGGUCAUUUAUAAAAUUAUACUGCGAACCGUAAAUAAUGAAUGUAUUUGUUUUUAUUUUAGUGAAAUUUUAUGAUUGUUUUAAAUUAAAAAAAAAUAUACACGUACCUAAUCUUCACAGAGCUUAGGGUAAUUUGUAGUUUUUAGAGAUGUGAUGAUAAUAAAAAUAUAUGUACCUAAUAAUGGGACUAAUUCUGAAGCACCAUUUCUCUGAACCUAAUAUUUUAGUUUAAUAAUUUUACAAAAUUACCGUUUUGUGGACUAUUUCAAACUAAAAUUAUAAUCAUUUUGGAUUCAAUCGAUGACUAAGUUAGUUUCUAUUGGUCCUUACAAUAAAAAUUUCAUUGUCGUAUCAAAAUGUCAUUUUAAUUUUUGAAAUAGGUUGCUUCAGAAUCGAUCCCAUUAAUUUAUUACUUUUUUAUAAUGCUGGUAGGGAGAUCGUAAUGGGACAUAACAGGACAUAGCGACGUCCUGUAUAUAUGCUAUGGAUAAAAAAAUAUGUUAUUUUCUGGCUUGAAAAAAUAAAAAAAAAACUGCUUUGUAUUUCGCGUAAUUACGAGCAAAUGGCUAACGAAUUUUAACAUUAAAAAAUAUAGUGUUGUAUUCAGAAGUUUUUAUUAACAUAGUUUGUAUUUUCUUGUCCAGCUUUGUUUAACAAAAAUAAUUGAUAAAUCUUAUACCUAGUACGUAUUAGUGUACUAAGUAUACCAAGUUUUAUUAAAUGACCUAAUUUUUUUUAUUAUUUUCUGUAUUGACAUUUUGUGAAAAAUUUUCUUAGUAUUAUUCUGCAAUUUUAUUUUUGUUGCAUUAUAUUUAAAUACUGGUAAGUAUUGCCAGCAAGUUGCGACUAUAUCAUUGGCUCUGAUCGAUCGAUCAUCAUGAACAAAAUUUAUAAUUUUGACUUAAAUCUAUUUUAAAGUUAGUUCAUAUUGGUCAUUACAAUAAAGAUUUCGCUGUGAUAUCAAAUUGAAAUUUUAAUUUUAAAAAUAGCUAUAGAGAAAUGGCGCCUCUGAAUCGACCCCAUUGCCUAUUUACCGUAAUCUUUUAAAUACGACGAAACGAAGUAGUCGUUACUGGUUCGUCUUCAGAGAUUAACCCUUUAAUAAUAACAGAGAGUGGAAAAUUAUUCAUUUUUUUUAUAUUUCAACCGAUUCUGUCGCCUAAAUAAGUAACAUACAAAUCUAUUGAUAGAUAUCGUUACCCCAUGUAUACACCUGAGAUAGAACGAGACAGUAAUGUCUUGUAGUAAAAACGUAUUAAACGUGUGUUUGCCACUUCUACUUCACGUUCGAUCAGGGCCUGCAUUUUAACCAGUAUUAAUUUGUUAUUGAUUUUAUGUAUGUGAAUUGCCUGUUGUAUUUACUCGUAUUAAAUAAAACAAUAUAUAUACCA